AAUGAUACCAAUCUGCUCAUAAAAUGGCGUUACAAAGAAAGAAAGACGGGAGUCAUGAUGGAAAAUUAUUUGAUUCUCAUUCACAGGAAACAACCCCUCAGAUUAGUCCCGUAGGAAAUAGUAACUCUAAGAGUUCUAAAAAGGUUAGUAUUACUAUUUAUAAGUUCAUUUCAUGAAGCUUUUUAUUAAUGUUUAAUAGCAUUUGAUUACACUACUAAGAGUCAGAGUCCAGUGAUUAUUCCUGACCCGGCUUGAAGUAUGAAGUCUAUAAAGCAGUCAUGCACAACAUACGGCCCGCCAGCACACACUUUGCGGCCCGCGAAGUAACGAAAUAUUUAUUUUUAUUUUCUUAGGCUGCGGCUAUUCUGACCUGGAUCCCAGAAGUUUGGGUUUAUAAAAAGAUAAUUUAAAAAUUAUUGUAGGCUGUAGGGUUUUUAAGACAAAAUUUGGUAUCAAAUGAAGGAUAAUUCAAUGGACUAUACGUUUGUAAACUGACUUCUUAAGUUUAACUACAAUAAACUGUACUUUGGGGAAUCCCCACAAUCAUCUCAUAAACUAAAUCUAUCAAUAUGGUUAAUACGAGUUAUAUUAAUAAUGUUAUAAUGAAAUUGUCCAUGCAUUAAAUUUGUAUUAAAAUUCAUCUUACUACAUGUUUCAAAAUAAAUGAAAAAAAGAGUACAUCCUUGCCGAUACCCCAAUACCCAACACCAGUGAAUAAAAAAAAAAGAUGUGCGCUAAACGUGCUAUUUUUUUAUUAUUUGAUAAUCGAAGUGCCUGUACUUUAAAAGUUCAAUAACAAAAGGAAGACUACUUCUUAAAUUGUAUUGGAAAUGGGUGUCUGUGCAAUAGCUUAGGAAAUAUUUGAUAACUUGUGUUUCAGAAUAAAUUUAGAAGUCUUUUGAACCGGAAUAUUUUCAUUUGAUGUUUAAAAAACCAAGUAGAGUCAAUAUUAUCAAUUCAUAGAUCUAAUUUUCUGUUGCAAAACUCAAGAGUUUCAUUCAUAAGAGUUUGCAGUGUACAAACACUAUUAAAAAAUUGGUCAGGGAAAGCUUUAAUUAAUUAAAUAGUCAUGUUCAAAAGUUGAAUAUUUAAAAUAUUUUUUUAUACUAAAGUGCCUAAAGAUUUCUAUAAUUUCACAGGUAAUUUCACUAUAAUUUUCCUCCAACUUUUAAUGCCAAGGUAAGAAGCAAAGUAAUCUUCUUUCAAAACUAGAAAAUAUGAAGAACAAAACUUGCAUUAAGUGAACACAAACAUAAGAAUACAAAAUUUUGAAUAUGGCCCUAUAGAAGUAAGUUUACCUGGGAGAACCUCUGUGACCUGUAUACUAUGGAACACAUUGUCACCCUUACCUCUAACCCAAAAUCAGCCUCCCGAGACUUGAUAUAUGAUAUGCUAAAAUAUCAUGGGUAAAUUUUAAGUUUAUGGCAUGGGUUUUGACAUGAGUUGUCUCCCACUUAUGCAGUGUCGUCAUGAUAGGCCUACAUUUUGGCAUUGCUGGGAAGAGGAGAUUCCCCCCCCCCCUGGCAAAUAAUAGAAAAUUGAAAUAUUUUGAUUAUGGAACUUUGGUUGGUAGUUCACCUGGGGAACUUCUAUGACCUAAAUACUGUGGACGACAUAACCAGCUGUCCUGCAACUGUUGAAGACAACCCCACACUCUAAAUUAUAGCCAUAGCAAGUCUGGCAAAUAAUAGAAAAUUGAAAUAUUUUGAUUAUGGAACUAUGGUUGGUAGUUCACCUGAGGAACUUCUAUGACCUAAAUACUGUGGACGACAUCACCAGCUGUACUGCAACUGUUGAAGACAACACCACAAUCUAAAUUAUAGCCAUAGCAAGUCAUCGGCAUGGAGUAAAUGCUUAUGGCAGGAAAUUUCUGACCCAAUCAAGCAUGCUUUAUCCCUUUUUUGCUCAAUCUGCUGUUAAGUCUUAGAACCGGACACCUGGUAACCCACAUUAUUAAUAUUUUUUGUAACUAUGCCCUGUAUGAUAUCAUAUAUCUAUGAAGUGUCAAGGAGCUGGUGAACCCAAACAAACAUUAUAAGAUAAGAUAAAAUUGUUUUAUUGAUUCAAUCAAAUGGAAAUGCUUUUUGAUUGCAUUGUGCAUGUUCAGCACAUUAGUAAAACAAUUUAAACACGAGACAUCCACAUUAAAUUAUUUCACUAGUGAGAAGAAAAAAAACAGCCAUUCAGUGAAUUCUCUUAGCCAUAUCAGGGACAUAUUAGUUCUCAUUAAGAUUUGUGACUUCAGUGGGAGCACGCUGAAUGCCAGACUUUCGGAGGCUUAGUUUUCAUGGAUUACAUCCAAAAGUUUCUCAAUAGCCUGCAGCUUGUUAGCAUUAGGUAGAAUGUAAGUGAGGAUGAUACAUAUUUGGGUGAACUCCCUAGGUAGGUAAAAUGGCCAUUAAGUGAUGCAGAGUAGUUCUAUGGCGGGUGUACAAGCUACAUGUUUCACUGUACUGUUGAUGAUGCUACAGUAGAUUUGUUAACAUAUAUUGCCUAUUCCUCUCCCUUGGAAUUGCCGCUGCUGGUUGUUCUAUCGGCACGGAAAAUGUUAAAUUCGUCCAGUGCCACUGCCGAAUCUGGUACCUUUUUGUUUCAGUCACACAUAUUAAAGAGAAACAGCUUUUGCAAAAAUGUUAGAAAUGCUUACAGCAACAAUCCAGUUCAUCCACCUUGUUACAUAGUGAUCCAACGUUUCCCAAAACAACAGGUGGAAGAAAGCCUCUGUUUCUGCAUUUCACACGAAUGCCUCCCCUUCUGCCCCGCUUUCUUCCUCUCAGUCCUGAAAUCGGUUUCUAUUUGUUGUUGGCAUGGAGGAAGUUUACAAAAAUGGUGGAAGUGACAUUUCUAUGCUAGUCUGUGUGAUUUGAUAUCCAAAGUCGAUAUUAAAGCUGUGUCACGCAAAGAGAAAAACACAAAGCUCACAAAAAAAUCAUCCGCAUCACCUCCAUUUUUACUUGAGUGAUACGCAAUUAAAUAAAAGGUGUAAAAACGCUGAUAUAGAUGUACAAAUGCAAUCAAGUCGCCUGCAGAGCAACGCCCCGGAAGUACAUUAUGUGAAUGAUGCAGCUUUUUCACCAAGCUGUCGCAAGAGUUGCCCAAAAAUUCAUUGAUGUCAUACCACCUAUGGGACUUCAUCUCUGGAAGUUUAUGUUGGGGUUGUUUCCCUUAGUCCUUACAAUUGGUUUGUACCCACAAGGCAGCAGAGGUUUUUUAGCGUAACCCUUGCCUUAGAUUAUGAACCAUCAUCCAAGAUUGACUAGUCCCACCACUCAGAGUGUCAUGGAGUAUGUUCAUGUAGACCCAAUUUGCAGCUUAAAGACAGUCAAUUAAAAAUGACCUGGGCAUAUUGAGCUUGGAUUUCUAAAAGCAGGUUUUUUUUUGGAUAAAGGGAUACUCUUAUAGUAUUAAUUGUCUGACAAGUAACACUUAUUCAAAGUAAAACAUUCACGAGUCAACAUUAAUAGAUUUUAUUGUCUCAGCCUAAAGGCAGUCCUCCUCAUAUUAUCAUAAACAGCUUUCAAAUUGAAAUAAUGUGAUGCCUGUUGGUACAACUUAAGAGGCUCUGACUCCAAAACUAAAAGUUACAUGUUCCAAUGUAACUGAGACUCUACCCAUUAUUUUAGUUACAAGUAUACAAAUAGCUAUAUUGUCUACGGAAGAAAGCUGUGUAAAAAAGGAAAACUCCAGCAAACAAAUUGAGGGGAGGGGUGGAGUUGUCAGUCAAACAAUGCACCUAAUCCUGCAAUGUGCGGAGGACACCUCGAGUAGUCAACUUGGCGGGGCCGGACGUGGGAUAAAAAUCAACUGCCUAUGCGCUCCUAACAAAGCACUGGAAACAAUCCAACAUUACUAGUUAAUUUGUCAAAAGUCACAGCAUUGUACACUUAGAAGAUGCAGUUCAGGCAAUUAUGGACCACAGAAUUUGUAAUUAAAUUAUGCUUCAGAUUAUAAACAAUGACUUUUUUGUUUGACUUUUACCAUAAUUUCUUUAAAUUUGUGCCAUAUUAAUGAUAUAUUUUAGAUGCGUGAUGUUAGUGAUUCUGACAAAGGCGGUCGUUCCAAAAAAGCCAGUAGUAGCAAAAAUAAAGCUUCCAAUCCUAAAAGCAGACGAUCUCCCUCUCCUCCUCCAGAAAAAAAGAGAAAAAGGUUUGUAUUUUGGAACUGAUUUAAUGUUAAAAGAAAAGGAUAAAGUGUUGGCUUAUACAGGUUUUUGUUUUGUUUCGUUAUAAAAAGGUCAAAUUGGUACAUUUCAUAAAUUAUUUGUGUUUUUUGUAAAUGGCAUGUUUAGAAUUUUGAUGACAUUUUAAAACAUUUUACAGUUACCCAUUUUAAAUGGCUUACAUAACUUUCAUUUGGUUUAAUUUGCAAUAUAAAAAUUAUUUAUAGCUCCAGGGCUGCAGCAAUUGUUGCCAGCAAGAAAAAAAAGUGGGAGGAAGAUGAUGAAGAUAGCACAAAGGACAUGGACGACAUCCAGUCUGAGAAUAGUCUUCAAGAAGUACAUAAUCCUAAGCCAGGUAAUCAUUUCAGAAAAUCAAUAAGAAAAAAUAAUAACUCCUCAGAUUUUUAACAAUCAUGCUUUGUUUUUUUAGAAACUAUUUAAAAAAGUUUACAGAGAUAAUUUGAGCCUUUUUAGGGGGGGGGGGGGGGUCAGCAGUUUGUUUAAUUUAAAGUGCAAUAAUGCCACAUGUACUAAUAAAAAUGUGUCUAAUUGUUACACCUUAUGUUCAUGUAGGAGUGGUAAUUAAAGGAACCAAAGAUGAAUUUACUCCCUUAAAAGGUGGUACCAUCAUGGAUUUAGAUGAAAAACAAGCAGAGAAGGUAUGUUAAUAUUUGGAUUCGUUACAUUGUAAGUGUUCCAUUUUCCAGACUUUGAAUUUAAGAUUCAAAAGUAAGACUUUACCACUUUUUCUCUUUAAUUCUUUUUAGUGUUAACUAGAAGCCCAUUCCCUUGCCAUAGGAAAAACCAUGGAUUUCCAAGAUUGCCUCUGCAUCAAAGAUAUAAAACUGUAAAUAUAUGCAUCUUUUGCUUGAGCUAUUAAUUAAAUUUGCUAAUUCUAAUUUUGUUUUCCAGGAGGAACCAGACAAACCAGAAAAUACUGAAGCUGCUGCCAAAGAAGAGGAAGAGAAAAGAUUGUCACAUGAGGCAGGGGAUGAUACUUUGACAGAACAAACCCAUCACAUCAUUGUCCCGAGUUACUCUGCCUGGUUUGAUUACAACUCUGUACAUGCCAUUGAGAGGAGAGCUUUACCAGAAUUCUUUAAUGGGAAAAAUAAAUCUAAAACACCAGAAAUGUAAGUGUUCUGUGUAGGCUGAUAAUUAUCAAUUGAAGGUGACAAAAAUAUCCCUUCAUGAGCUUGUGCUACACAAUAGAAGAUGUAACAAACCAUCAACUUAGUCAUAGCAACAUUAAAUAUGCAACUAACUCAUCUUCACAUUGGCGUAACCUUUUCGUUACAGAUGAAGUCGACGCGACUUCACAAUCAUCCACUUUCAAUUACCAAGGACGUCAUGUUGUCGUCAUAUUCCAAUGCUAUAUAUUUCUUUAUUCGUUAAUCUAUAGAGAAGUUAAUAAGUGAAUUGGAUAGAGAAUGAAAUAAUACGGGAAGUUUUAUCUGUACGUUUUUAAAUUGCUGAGUCCGCAAAAAUCUAAGGCAAAACCAGCGGUAAUGAAAGGGUUAACCAGUUAACUAACUCAUAAUUUUACAUUGGUUUAAUCAUAGUUUAGAGCAUUUAUUUUUAUUGUCAGAAUAAAAGUAUGGUUAGUUAAGUAAAAAGCAUUGUAGAUUAGUUAGGAACUAAACAAACAUUAAUUUAUUCCAACUAUUGUGCAAGCCAUUCCUCAUAUUUUCUAUGUCCCCAGAUAUCUGGCAUAUCGGAAUUUUAUGAUAGACACUUAUCGGCUGAAUCCGACAGAGUACCUAACCUCAACAGCUGUCAGGAGAAAUUUGGCUGGUGAUGUCUGCUGUUUACUGCGGUAUACAUUUUGAUUUUUAGUCAAUUAUUGAUAUAUGCUGUCUGCCCUUUAGUGCAAUGCUAAUGCUCUUUGCCUCUCAACUAAAGUUAGCUGGUUGAAAUGAGGCAAGGUGUUGCUGGGUAAAUAUGGGUAAAUAAAUUAAUCAUAAACCUUGAGUAGAAGGCAAUAGCCAACUUAGAGUGAGAAUGUAACAACUAAAGUUAGUAGCUUAGUAUUUCUAAGCUCAAUUCCUCAGUAAACGACUAUGAUAUCACAAGACAAGUUUGGAUUGAAGGCCUUUAGAUGGGUGCAUAGAUCAGAAACUAGAUUUUCCUCUCCUUGUACUUUUAGUUUCAGACAAUUUAAAUGACUAGUAAUGUCUGCAGCAAAGGCUAAUUUCCAUACCCACUCUCAUCAGACACUAAUGGCUGUGGCUUGCCUUUACUUUCUAGGAAGUCACCUAUUUCCUUUCUUAACUUAAAUACUCUGCUCAGAACUUUCUCACAACUUAGCCAUCUUUUUGCGGUGUAAUAUGGUAAAAUUUGCGAUUCUGUGUCUGUAUCUUUUAACAGGUCUCUGAACUGUCUAUGGUUGAGCCCAUGUGACCUUAUUAAAUUAACCCUCUUCACCACAAGAUUCAGUACACUGCUAUUGUCCACAUAUUUAGCACACAAAGUUUUCUGGUGAAAAAUACAGUGCAAGAACAUUGGUUGCAGAAUUUUUUUCUCAUUUCACUUGUCCAAUCAAGUCUUUCUUUAAGCCACUCAUGUUAUUACCUCCGUAAACAGUCAUGCAACUGAGGUUAGUCGGGUCCAAGUUAUAAUCAGCAAAUAUUUUUUCAACUCAACAGUUCCGUACAUGCUAUUUGGGAAGCUACCUCUUGUGUUAUGUUCAUGCCAUCAUCCACACCCCCCCUAACAAACACAAGCAGUUGAGAGGUGGAAAAGCUGUCCAGCGAUUCAUCCAUUGCAAUUACAAAUUGGUUAAACUUGCUUUCAUUUUUCACUAUUUGACUCACAAUUUCUGCAACUCGUCUGUAAUUUUUUUCCGUAGACAAAAAGGUCUCAACGGGUUGGAUGAAAGGGCCUUGCGGGCUGUAGUUUGGAGACCCCUGCUUUAGAACAAUAGAGCGUAAACAAAACUUUUCCCAAUCAAAGGAGGGGUGCGAUUAGGCAUUGUGCUACACAUUUAACUGGUGACGUCAAUAUCAAAAUAAAAGUGGCAGAGGAGUGAUUGACACAACCCUAUGUUGAAGUAAAAAUAAAAGGCUGUAAAAAUUCUUUUCCAUUUACAAAUGUAACAACUCAAGAUCACUUUUUAUUUGCGCCAAGUAUUCAAAUGAAUAAAUAUUCACUCGCCUUGCCUUGAAAUGUCUUCUUAAUUAUAUGUGUGGAAGUCUUGUGUUAAUCAUUGUUUUUAUAUGAUAUAACAAAGCACUUUAAAAAAAAAUGUAGUCUUUGUUUUUUGGUUAGAUUUGAAAAAUGGGCUCCCUAAAUUCCCCCUCCCUUCCCCACAAAUCGCUCUGAUUAAAGUAAGCCCAAACUCCCUCUUAUUUAAAAAGCACUAUAUAUAUUAAUAUAUAUAUAUAUAUAUAUAUAUAAAUAUUUUAAUAUUUAUUAAUGAAAGGGGUAGCAGGCAGACAGCAUUGGGGGGGGGGGGGGGGGGGGCAGUGGGCCCAUUUCAUAUUUUUCUGUUUCUCCUAGUGUCAAAACCUGGCUACACUGCUGGAUGGAAGUAGUUAUUUAUACAAUGUACUGUAUAUUUAGUUACUACUAUCAUAAGGUAUUGUACCAUUUUGAGAUGGUAUAAUACUACUCUGAGACAAUAUUGUACUAUUCUGAGAUGGUAUAGUACUACUCUGAGACCAUAUUUUACUAUUUUGGGAGUUCCAGAGUAACAUGAUGUGUAUUUUUAACAAUUUCACAUCAGAGUUCAUGCCUUUCUGGAGCAGUGGGGACUUCUCAACUACCAGGUGGAUCCAGAUAGCCAUCCCACCCCUAUGGGCCCACCUACUACCUCCCACUUCCAUAUCUUAGCUGACACACCUUCUGGCAUUGCUUCUAUCAAUCCACCUAAGAUCAAUCAGGUAAUUUGAUCAACAACAUUUCAAAUAAUAGCAAAAAUAAGCAUUUUGGUUUAUUUAGUUUGUUUAUUUUAACCCUAGAAUUCUUUUGUUGAAUGUCUUGAUGUUUUUUUUUAAAAUCUCGCCAUUGCUUUAAAAAAAAAAACUGCGGUGAUAGAAUUAAUGGAUACAUAAUUUGCAAUAUAAUAUAAUUGUUUUAUUUUACCUGCAUUUAAAAAUAAAAUUACUUCAAUAAAUUUAAAAAAAAUUAGUUUAAGAAUUUAAUAAGUUUUAAAAUUACCAUUUCAGCCAUCAGCAGCACAAGAAAUCUGUGAUUUUGGCUCAGCGAAGAAAUCAGACCAGGAAGGCGAGGAGAAAAAAGAUUUGGGUGCUUUGGGACUAAAGACUGACAUAUAUACUAAAAAGUCACACAAGGUAGUCAGGGAUGUGUUCAAAAUGGAUAGUUUAUGAGUUACGUUAUUUCUGUUAAUAGCAACCCAAAUUCUAACCCAUUAUAUUUUUGUUUCACUUUAGGACAAGAAUUCCUCAUCACGCAGCCGAGAGUGGAAUGACCAGGAGACUCUUCUCAUGCUGGAAGCUCUGGAGCUCUACAAGGAUGACUGGAACAAGGUUUGUGAACAUGUUGGCAGCAGGACACAAGAUGAAUGCAUCUUACACUUUCUUCGUCUCCCUAUAGAAGACCCAUUUUUGGAUGUCAAUGACAACCCAGGUAAGUCAUUUUCUUAAACAAUCGAUUUAAUAUUAUGUUACAUUUGCAUGUCUGAUUUCAUGUGUUUUUUAGAAAUUUUUUGUUAGAAACAUGUUUUAAGAAUAUUUCUUGCCUGGUAACAUUAUUUAAAAUUUGUUUUUUUAGGCCCUCUUGUCUACCAACCUAUUCCAUUUUCUAAAAGUGGAAACCCAAUCAUGUCUACUGUGGCUUUUCUGGCCUCUGUGGUUGAUCCAAGGGUGGCUAGUGCAGCAGCAAAAGCAGCUCUAGGUUAGUAUUUCAAAUAAAUAAAAAGCAUAGUUGAAAUUUUCUCAAUUUAAUUUUAUGAUUCCAGAUUAAUGACAUCUUCCGUGUUAUUUAUUUCCAGAGGAAUUUUCUAAAAUUAAAGAUGAAAUCCCGCCAUCUAUUGUUGAAUCUCACACUAGAGUAGUGAUCAAUGCUACAAGAGAAGGGAAGAUUGUGGAACCAACUUUUGGUCUUGAAAAGAGUGGAAUUGCUGGGACAGGUAUUGUUUAGUAUUUAAUAUGAUAUUUACAUUUAGAAAAGGGUGGAAAUUCAUUCUAUGUGAUAAAUACCUAGCCUUACUCUACAAAUCUGAGACCAUGAAUAAUAAUUAAAGUAACAGUUCUUGAAAACUAAUCUUUGUAAUAAAAAAAAUCAUUUAUAUUAACUUGAGCUUAAUUGAUGUAGAAAAGACUUUUACAGUCUAAAAGAAUCCCCUUACAUAAAAGAAUUUAUGUUUUAUCAGUGUCAUUCUUAGUCUUGUCUAAUCAACUGAGAACUUUGAUAUACUUUAUUUAUUGGAGAUUAUGAAAGAUAAGAAGUCAACUGUGCUACGACAUUUAUUUUUUAGAAAUUAUCACUGAAGAGAUAAUGGACUUAAAUAAGGAAGAAAAGGAAAGUACUGAGAAAAAGGUGAGGAGGAAGUUUUUUCUUGGUUGUGUUUAUGAAUUCUUUUAGUUAUCUUUAUUUUUAAUUUCCUUCUGAAAAAAACUAUGUGAAGUCUUUUAAACAGUAAUAUAAGAUACGAUUCUUUUCUGAUCCAAAUUAAUGUAUAUUUGUCAUUGUACAUAUUCAUUUUCAGAAUAUAAUAUAAUAACGCAAUAAAAGAACAUUCUGAUUAGAUAAUUUUAAUCUAGGGCAAUUUAAUAGUCAUUUUUUAAACACGACAAUAGCCUUUCUAUAUCCAUUUUAUGUGUAUUCGAGGAACUAUUAAUGUAGUUUGAUGAUAUAUUAAGAUGCAUCUUCCUAACAUUACAUCUCUUAUAAUUUGAUUUCCAGGAGGAUGAGCCUAUGGAUGUCAGUGCUACAGAUAGUAAGGACCAGAAAUCUAAAGACAAAAAAAAAGAUGAAAAUGAUGAAAAAAAGGAGAAAAGGAAGAACAAGAAAGAAAAUAAAAAGGUCAAGGUAAGGACAGAGAAAUAAGUCAUACCAAUUGAAUUGCUGUUUCCUAGCCAUGUGACUUAAAGUAAAUUUUAGUUAGUUCUUUGUUUUGGCUUUCAGUUUGCUCAAAUAAUAAAAAUUCAUUACUCAUUUUAAAUGUUAGAAAAAUAUUUUCAAUUUGCUCAAUGUUUUCUAAUUACUGCAUGGUUCAGGAUACUGAGGUAAAGGAGUCUGAAGCAACUGAGGAAGUUCCAGAGAAACAAACUGUAACAGAAGACAAAUUGAGUGAAGUCCCAGAUGACAAUGCUACAGUUGUAUCCACCGCCGCUGCUGCAGCGCUGGCCUCGGCAGCUGUGAAAGCCAAGGUACUGAAUACUUUUAUAGAAUGUGAAUUAAAGGUUUGUGUCCUGUAUCCAUAAGUCCUUGCGAGGUAUCAAAAAUGCAGAACUGGAUGAAUUAUUUUUCACAAAUUGAACAUGAUGUUCAUAAAAUACACAACUUACUCCAUUAAUACUUUGGCUUAAAUUUGUUGUUAUUGUUAGCUGGUUUUGGACAGCUUCUAUCAAGGGAUUGGUUCUGAACUUUAAAUAUAUGUUAGCAGUUAUCUAACCUGAAUGACUUGAAUGUCCUCAGCAUCUAGCAGCAGUAGAAGAGCGUAAGAUCAAGGGACUCGUAGCACUACUUGUGGAGACUCAGAUGAAGAAGCUGGAGAUCAAACUCAGACAUUUUGAGGAGAUUGAGGCCAUAAUGGAUAGAGAGAGGGAAUCUGUGAGUCAAUUUAAAUUAUUGUUUUUUUACUUAUGCUUUUAAAAUAUUUUUACAGGACUUUGAAUAGUUAUGAGGUAAUUUUUCAUCCGCUUAUUUCUCCAACGAAUUGACCAAUUCACCAAAAUAUAUUAAGUAACUCAUAACAUUUUUGAGAAAUGUUAUCAUUUAUUCAGACUUGUCUUAUUUGAAGUUUUCUUUUCCAAAAAUCAUAUCUUCUUCCCCUGAAAACACAUUGGGUUGUUUUUGUCUUAUCUGAGGUGGGAUACAAAAUUUCCCGAACUGACCUAAUAAAUUUUACGAUAUUUCAACCUUAGACGCUGCCAUUGUCUCUUAAAUUAACUCUUUCUCUCCGGUAAAAAUCUGAAAUCGCACUCAGUUUAAGUGCUAAGAUCAGCAGCUUUCUUUUUAGUUUUAGAAUCUACAUUUUUUAUAGUGGGAACAGUAUUAGCUCUUCUAGAAGGCACUCUAGCUGGGGGGUGGGGCUUGUUGUUCAUCAGCUGAUGAAUUAUCAAUUUCAUUAUUUCAUUACUAGUACUAGGAUUAUAAUUAUAAGAUUUAUCAGAAUCAGCCUCUGCAUCCAAAAUCAUAAACUCACUGUCUGAAUCGUCAUCAGAGUAAUAUUUUCAACCUUUCUUUGAUCGAUCACCAGAUGGGUCAGGUCAAGAUUUCAUGUUUGUAAACAAAAUUUAAAUGGACAAUCAAAACAACCGCUUCAAACACUUUGCUCUAUGUAAAAACUCGUUGAAAUAAAGAAAAUCCCGAUGAUUAUCAAAGAUGAUUAUCAAAGGGAAAUCAUUCUAGAUUUGAUUAAAAUAAAUUAAAAACCAAUAGCUAAGAAAAGAACCGAAAUAAACAGGUUUUUAAACCUCAUUUAAAAUCGAUGAUGGGCAUUGAUCCAGAGAGAAAGAGUUAAUUUUCGCACGAGAUGAUGCAUUUUUCCUAAUGGUUCUGUCAUUUUGGCAGUCAUCCAUCUUCAAAACGCAUGAAUCUCCUUAGCAAUCUCAUCUUCAUUAAGAUAAGGUGGAAAUGUAGCAGUUCCAUAACAAGUUGUGUGAGGGAAUGAAUUGUUAAGCUGAUGAAGGAUAAGUAUGUUAAGCUGAUGUGUGAUGAUGCAUUGUUGUUAUAGACCAUUGAAAGAUCAGGAGUGCCCAGAGUUUUAGUUCUAUUUUAUUGCACCUCAUUUUAAGUAAGUCAUAGGUAUCUAACCAUUAUUUGUUUCUCCAAUAAUGAAAGUAAUGUUUGAUGUAACUAGUAAAAAUUUUUUCACUAGUGAAUCAAAGUUAAAUAUUGUGUAGAAAUAAAUGGUAAUAAAGGCGAGAGACUGCCAUCAGGUUAGGUAAAAAGAGAGCUGGACUUUUCCUCUCUGUCAUUCCAUUUUGUCUGUAUUCAAUCUCUCAAAUUAUAUGUUCUGUUAAUAUCCUCUUUCUCCCCUCUCAGACACUACAUUUCAGCUAAGUGUUUAUUUUAAUUUUAUAUUGUUUCUACAGUUGUUUGUUCGCUGAAGAAGGUUUCUUGCUGUCCCAUUUUUUGUUUUGUUGCGUCCCUAUUUUUUCUCCAAGUUUUCCUAUAUUUGUUUCGCUCAUUUCCUGUAAAAAUUAAGUCGAUGGAGAUGUAAUUUAAUGACAAUAUCUUUGUUACACUUCAGCUUGAAUGUCAACGUCAACAACUCUUACAAGAGAGACAACAGUUCCACUUGGAGCAAAUCAGGGCAGCUGAAUACAGAGCCAGGCAGUUGGCUAGUCAGCAACUGAUGGACAACAAGCCAGUUGUCACCCAGCAGCAUUCUGAAGCUCCUCACUCCAUUGCUGGUAUCUUGGGCACAGCACACACUUCUGAACUGACCAUAGCGGUCAACCAAACCUCAAGUUACUCUAUGCAUGGGUCACCCAUGCCUCCACAAGGUCCGCAGGUGGGUGUUUAAUUGGAUUUUCAAUGUAUUCACAUCAUAAAGCAUUGCUGUUAUAAUGGCAGUGCAAUAAAUUAGUGGUAACAUUUUGUUAAAAAAUGAAGAAGAAAUGUUUUGAAGUAAAAAAGGAGACAUCUCAAAAGUCAGCAGUAAUUAAAUGUUAAAAUGACAAGACCAGCUAUUAGAAGCCAUGGGCCAUCUUAUCAGCUUUUUAUCUGACUUAGAUGUCUGGCCUCUCAUUGGCUUGAAAGAUGCAACAGCCUGGGUUUGUUGGUUGUUUAGUCAGUGUUCUGCAAUCCUCUGGAUACAUCAAGGUAUGCAUCCUAGUCUCAGCUUGCAUAACCCACUUUGAACUCUCCACAAUGGCUGACCUUCCAAUUUCUUUAAAUGCUUUAUUUUAGCAUCUCACUCAUACUUUGCUUUCAUGGUAUACAAAUUUUUGGGCAUCCAUUUUCUUGAUGGAGGAAAUGCUUCAUUUUUUAGGUGUUACUUUAUCAUUUUACCCACCACUUGAUUCUUGAGCAACGCAAGGUACCAUAAAGUAACUUGCACCUAUAUUUAACUCAGACUCCAACUGUUUUAGUGUUGAGGAAGAAUUUAGUUUUAAUUAAUCAAUUUAACACAUUUUUUAAAGUAAUUUAAAUAAGUAUACAAGUUAUAAUAAUUUCAAUUUUCUCUUUAAAUUGUCAUUAAAAUUUUAUGGAUUUAACAUGGGCAAUUUGACAGCAGGACAAUGAACCACGCUAGUGACCUUUGACGCAUUAAAAUUCAUUGUUUAUUUUUUAUUUUAUUGUCUGCUUGAUCGCUAUGUAACAUAGUCAUCACAUAAAAUCACAGGAUAUACAUGUAUUUUAAAACUGUAUUGCCUUAUGGCAACACAUGGAAACUCAGUUAAAUAUUGUUUUAGACUAAUUGAAUGGCACACCUGAAUAGAUUGCUAUUGUUUAUCAAUAAUAGAGGGAACUGAACAAGGUUGGUUUUUUUUUUACACUGAAAAUAAUUUUGUGUUAAAAUAUUAGAAAUAAAAAAAAUUAACUUUAAUCUAGUGGAUUUCUUUGUCAAGUUCAUUGGAAGCUCUAAAAGAUAAAUGUAAUUGGAGGUCUUCAAGCACAAAAUUAAUAACACAAAAUUAUUAACAGGGCCCCAAUAUGUUUAAAUGGCCCUACUAUAAUUGGAUGCAACAAAGACUUGAUUGUUUUUCCUGAGCUUAACUUUCACAUCUGGUUUUAAAUACAGUAAAAAAAAAACGUGUUCACUUCUUUUCUCCUGCCUUUUAAUAGAGACUUUUUAUGGUUUAGUGCUAUUUACACUUUUUAGAGUAUAUUUUUCACUCUCUAGUGAUGCCCUGCAUUAAAUGCUGAAAUGUUCAUGGUUAUUUGCCCUAAUCUACUCCUUUGUUAAGUUAUUUGUUUUAAUGUUGUAUCAGAUAUACUUAGAAAAAUAUAACUUGUGACCAUGUGUGGGCCAUUUAAAUUAUGACACAUUAAAGUGACUAAGUAAUUUUCCAUUCCAUAAUAGGAGUUAAGUAACAUAAUUGGUUAUUAAAUUUGUAUUUAGAUAAAAACCCGAUCAUCACUAUCUAAAAUUUGUAGCCAUAACAGCUUUUCAAGAUUAAAAAUUUUAAAAUUAUGGAACAUUCAAAUUUUGUAUUUUUUAAGGUUAUUUAUUUGAGUAUAUUAAUUAUUAAUAAACAAGUAAAACAAUGACAACUAAUUGAUUGAACUUUCAACUUCUCUCUUUACCAGAAAUGAACAUUAGUUCAUAUUUUUUUUAACCUAAAAAGCAAUCACAAUAAUUUAUUUUUCAUUAAUUUUUGUUUUGUCAGCAACUUGUUCAUUAAUCUUACAUUUUCUCAAAAGUUUACCAUUCAAAAUUUUUGUUUCCCCUCAGGUGCAAGCAACUCAAGUUUUACAUGGCUCACCUACACCUCAGCCAAGUUCCACCGCUCUCUCCCUACCAGCAUCAUCAUCAGCUUCCUUCACAGCCACCACAUUCCCUGCCUCUUCAGCCCCCUCUGGCGGCUGUGACACAGUUCCCUCCCUGAGCCAGUCCUCCACCUUCUCUGACACAGUUGUGUCCUCAUUGAGUCAGCCUCCCACCCCCCAAGUUUUAGCUAGUACAUCAUCUGUUAGCCAAACUCACACUGCCCUGGCCCCUAGCAGAACUCCCACACCAGAGCAUCAAGUCCUCCAGCAUUCAACAAUCCUCCAACAACAGCUUCAGUCCCAUCCUGCACAGUCAGGCCACAUGAGCCUGCCUCAAUCUGUUGUGUACCCUAAUAUAGGUCCCUCUCCACCACAAAAUGGCCCAUAUCCUCAAAACACACCCCAUCAGCCUCUUGGACCCCAACCGGAGAGCUUCCACCCCCAUCCUGGAAUGGGUAUGAUCCAAGGAGAAACACCGACUCAACAGUUUCCUGGUAGUAAUCCACCACAACAUGGUCACUUUGGUGGUUUCAUGAACCAACCAGUUCCCUACCCACAUCUUGCUGGUGGGCCACCGGGUCAGUUCGGAGGCCCUUUAACCCAGGAAGGCCACCCAGGCUAUGAACAAGGCCCCUAUCCACACCCACCGAUGCAGCAGUUCCCUGGCCAGUACCCUCACCAACAAGAGCCCCACUCUGGUAUUCCCCUCCCUGCAAGUUCAAGAAUACCAAUCCCAUUUCCUAGCACAGCAAGUAAGUGGACGUUUAUAAAAGCCGUAAUAAUCAUACUUUUAUCUUUUACACUAUGGCUUAAAAAGUUUAGUUCAUUAGCCUAUAAUGACAAAUGUUUAUUGUGUGAACAUUGCAGCAGUGGUUGCUCUAUUUAAUAUCCCAUUAAAAAAACACUUAGUUGGAUAUCUUGUUAAACUUGUAGUAAUCAACUUAUGUACUGGUCAAAUACUGACCUGCCUUGUGCUUGAGAGCAGGUUCUACUAAUUAUUUCAUAAUGUUCUUUUUUUCUCUUAUUCCCCCCCCCCCCCCUUUAUUUUACUAUACCAUACCAUUAGUAUAUUGUACCAUCCCCAUUGAUAUUCUGUACUAUCUCCUUUGGUAUAUUAUAAUGAAUCAUCCCUUAAUAAUUUUUUAAACAUUGCAUUGUUUAUUAGUUGUGCCAAAACGAUUAUUCUUGAUUUUGAAAAAAAACCAACUUAUCUAUUCCAGGUGCAGAAGGAGAAAGUGAUUCCAGGGAACCGACAAGUCCCUCUUCACCAUCUGGUUCAAAUAAAUAAACAUGUCUUCAUACUGUGUCAGAAUGGUUGUAAAAAAAAAUUCAUGUCAUUUCUGGCCAUCAGUUUGAUAAAAUGAAUGAUUCUAAGCUGGAUCUUACAAGUUUUUGGUCAAUUUUGAAGACAUUGAUAGACAUUUUUCACUGGCUCAGCACUCUGGUAGUUUUAUGUACCUUUCAAUACUUUCAUGUCAGAAUUUAAAUUGUUGUGGUGUAACUUAUAAAACUGAAAUCAGUUAAAAAUUGUCAAAAAAUAAAAUACUGACGAAUAGAAAUUUGUUCAGUUUAAUUUAUCAUCAGUAAAUCUAUUGAAUUGUGUUAAGGGAAGGAAGUGUAACAUGAUAGUUUUUUAUUAUAUAAAUAUAUUUGACUAUGUUGAUUUAAUGGACUUUGUGUUUCCUGUCUCAAAUGAUCCUGUCAUCUUCAUUAUGUUUUUUUAAUGAGUCUAAUAUUUUCAUCAGUUGUGAAUUCCAAGGCUUCAAUUGUUGCAUUUAAUCAGGAACUGUAGUUUUUGGAGGACUUGUGGUGUAACUAGGUCAUACUUAAAGGGACUAAAUCAUUUCUAUUCAAGAACCUUUGAGAUGGUUGUAUUAUACUGUAUAAGGCCUGUGGCAAAUGCCUAUGAAACAGUAAAAGGUGUGUUGAAGCUUGAAUCAAAAGACAGGACGAUAUUAUUGGCAAAUGCCAGCAGUAUUUAAACCAUCCAAAUUUUAAACCAAGAGUAACAUUGUUUCUGUAUGUAUUCUUUGUUAUUCUCAAUUUACUCUUAGUUUAAAAUAAAAUGAAACUCCAGAAUUACUUUCUGUAAAGUGUCAAAAUAUUUGAGAUGAUAUCAUUUAUAGUUAUAAAAAGUCCACACUUUUAAAACACUGUGCAUAGCAUCCAUCACCUUUUUAAGAACGAUCCAAGCAUAUUUAGAUAUUGGCGACUACUGUUAAGUUUGAUCAAUAAGCUUGAUGUCAUAAGCCUUUAGAACUUGUCUCUUUCUUUAACCUUACUUGUAUGAUACAUGCAUCAAUUUCAGAGUCAUAGAUUUAUCAUGAGUCUGUCAUAGAUGUUUCAUGAGUCUGAGUCAUUGACUGAUCAUGAGUCUCAGUCAUAGAUUUGGAGUUUGAGUGGUAAUUUUGUUUGUUUCAGUCUACUGAAGCCUUGACAAAUAGAAAGAAUUGAUUUUGGUUGUAACAAUGACAUUUAUGAAGUCCACCACAGUAUUACUUAGGACUGUUUGAGAUAGCCGACAGGACAUGUAGAAACACACUUAUUGUCAUUAUUGUGUGCACCAGGCUUUAGUCGGUGAAUGUUGGUGUACAUGGUGAAAUUGUACAUGGUGCUGAGUUUUGGAGCUGUUUGAGCAAUCCAUGGCAUAAGGGGCAUUACUAUUACUUCAUCAAAUGUUGAAAUCUUUGUUUUACCUCCUUGUGCUAAGCUUAAAGUCUUAAACUUAAAGCAAGAGAAUGAAUGAAUAUUUAGUAAGCAAUUCAGGUAUUCAUGACAAUUAUUAGGGGUCUCUGCAGUAAUUGCUCUCAUUCUACAUAAUUUCAUCUUGGGAAAAGAUGAAAAGGAGGAGGGUAUUUUUGUGUCAAGAAAUUAUACAGAUGUUAUUUUUAGUGUCCCUUGGUAUGUUUAGUUUGAUUGCCUUCCUGAGCUCUCACUUAAGUGGCCAAGUAGAAACAAGAAAAAUGUAAAAACCAUAUAUUUUUAAUUUCCAACUUUUUCUGAAAUAAAGAUGGAAGAAUUAUCUUCCCCCCACUGCUUCACUAUUUUUAUGUUACCAACUUAUUUUGGCCUCCAUUAAAAAUUGAAAGCAAGAACCCUAACCGUGGAUUAAAAGCCCUUAUUAUGUGUACCCAAUUUUAGUUGUGUAGCAUUCCUUGAACCAGAAAUAAAUAAAUUUACAUUUUUAUUUCCGAAUAAGUAUGUAUCUAAAUACACAUACAUCAACCCAUAUGAAGUUAAUAGAAAGUUUGUAAUAGGGAUUCAAAGAAUUAAAAUUCAUUUUAUAUUUCCACCAUUGAAUUUUUUUGGACAUUUUUUUACAGUACAUGUGACAUAAUGAAAUCUUAGGCAAGAAACAAUCAACUGUAAUAAAGAUGUAAUAAACAUUGCCUAUCUCUUG